GUAAGCUCAUUGUGUGCACCUACAACGGCAACACGUGGAACACUGCCUCCAGUGUCCACGAGUGGAUGUGCAAGAAGGAGAUGGCACCGCACGCGACGUCUGUCCAGGAGACGCGGUUCACAUCCAACACGGCGGUCGAGCAGGCCCAUGAUUCCCCCAACCUUGGGAUGGAGCCCAGCAUCGCUUCAGGCGAGGGCACUACGAUUGCCAUGAUCUCAGUGUACCUCGAAGAUUCGAUAGGGCUCCAAGGGCCCAACAGGCAGCUACUGGAAGACGUUCACUCGCGGUGCGCGCAUCUGGACGUGCUCUUCAUCAUUGGUGGUGACUGGAACAUUGAGGCCAGCGAGCUGUCAACCCCAGGCUGGCCUGAGCUCAUGGGAGGAGUUGGCAUGGCCCCAGGGCUGGCCACAUGCAAUGAUAAUGACUACGACUACUUCGUGAUCUCGCGCGCGCUGGAGGACCUUGUGGACUCCAUCAAGUGCCACGUGGACACCCCCAGCGGCCCGCACCAGGCCGCGACGCUGGUGUUGCGUGGCUGCUGGAAGCGGCCCAUGAUCCAGACGCAGCGCGCGCCGAAGGGCUUUGCGCUGGAGUUUGAGGCCGACGAGGAGGCCAGGACCAGGCGCGACCUGCUGGUGGCCACCCUCCCAUGGCCCCCGCCCUGCCCAGGCCCAGAAGGAAUAGUCAAGGGCUGGUUCGAUCAAGCUGAGGAGGCAAUGCAGGCGCUGCAUGGCAUGCCCAGUAGUGAAGCCAAGUACUACAAGGGCAGGUCCAAGGGCCCCAGGACAGUCGCAGUUCCCUUGGAGGCCAGGGUCCAGGAGAACCGCUUCGAAAGAGCGUCAGAGGUCACCCAACUCUGGCUUUCGCUGCGCCACUUGUCCAAGAGAAGGUGGGACUUGGGCCCCAUCGGGCCGAACGACCUGCCCAACGGCUACAGGGCCAGACGAGCGCAGCAGCUCCUCGAGUCAGCCAGCCGCCUGAAGGUCAAGUUCCAGGAGCAGUCCAUCACGAUGUUCGAUGGCACG